AUGAGUCAAGAAGUAUGUCAAAAUUUGGAAUGGAGAUUGUACAGUUCUCCCAGACCCUGGGAUCUACUGGGCCAGUUUGGUUUGGACCUGGCUAGUCGUAAGCGUUUGUGGUACGGUCCAUCUUAUUUGAAGGCUUGGGAAUUGGAUACUGACAUUGUUCAAAAGCCUAGGCAUUUUGCCUUGGACAUGGAUGGUAUAACCCUUCAUUUUGGUUGCCAGGUUUCAAAGGAGACUUUGCAAGUGCUCUGUAAAAUGCGAAAUUCAGUAGUGAAAUUUGGGUUUGGACUAAGGAGGUUAUACUUUAAUGUCUCUAUUAUUUUGUAGCUAUAUGGUGCCCCUCGAAUUUCUCAGAAAGUUGAAGACAACAUUUUUAACUAUUAUAGGGAAAUUCCUGAUGAUCAGUGGGUUAGGGCAACUGACUUUUCUCCAUCUUUCUCCAUUGGACAAUCUUCUCAUCUAUGUUUGGAGCUUUCCCAUGGUGUUGAAAUCCCAAACCUUGGUCGCUACUUUCCAUAUUAUGAAGAAAGUAAUCGUCCAUUUAACUUGGUGACUGGUCAUAGUUUUUCUCAGAAUUUGGAUCUAGUUCCGAUAGUGGGUCCUGCCCGGGGUUCAAAUCUGCCAUAUAAAAUAAUUUUUAAGGUCUGCUCCUUGGUUCAGCAUGGUUGCAUCCCGGGGCCAGUUCUUGAUGCUAAUUUCUUUGAGUUGUUGGAUCCAGCAAGAAGAGACAUUGCCUCCAUUGAUUAUGUUCUGGAUAAACUCUUAUAUCAAAAAGAUUGUAUUUAUGAUCCUGUAAGGUGGAUAACCCAGGAAUACAGAAGAAACAAUAGGUUAAGGACGCCGACUAUCUCAUUAGAUGCUGGUCUUGUAUAUGUCAGGAGGGUUCAAAUUACACCAUCAAAGGUGUAUUUCUGUGGGCCAGAGGUUAAUGUGUCUAAUCGUGUUUUACGUAAUUUUGCAACAUAUAUUGAUGAUUUUCUUCGUGUAUCAUUUCUUGAUGAGGAACUGGAGAAGCUGUAUUCAACAGAUUUGGCCCCUCGUGCCACUAAUCGAAGUGAGGAAAGCAGAACUGGCAUUUAUAAAAGGAUUUUGUCAAUUCUUAGGGAUGGCAUAGUUAUCGGCCGUAAGAAGUUCGAAUUUCUUGCUUUCUCAUCAAGUCAGUUACGGGAUAAUUCCGCAUGGAUGUUUGCUUCAAGUAAUAYACUUACUGCUGCUGAUAUAAGGGAGUGGAUGGGYAAGUUUAAUAGUAUAAAAAACGUUGCCAAAUAYGCUGCUAGGCUUGGUCAAUCUUUUGGUUCAUCAAAGGAAAGCUUAARUGUUGCACCGUAUGAAGUUGAAAAAAUUCCUGAUAUAGAAGUUGUUAGAGGCGGUACYAAAUAUGUUUUUUCUGAUGGAAUUGGGAAAAUAUCUSYUGAAUUUGCUAGCMGUGUUUCCMUUAAAUGUGGCUAUGACUUUAUUCCAUCCGCCUUUCAAAUUCGUUAUGGUGGRUACAAGGGUGUCGUGGCUAUAGAUCCAACCUCAUCAAAGAAAUUGUCRUUGAGAACGAGCAUGUGCAAGUUUGACUCAGACAACACAAAGUUAGAUGUUCUUGCAAUAAGCAAGUAUCAACCUUGCUAUAUGAAUCGACAGAUCAUAACUCUUCUUUCUACCCUUGGGGUUAGGGAUCACGUCUUUGAGAAGAAGCAAAAAGAAGCAGUAGACCUACUCGAUGCUAUCUUAAGGGAGCCGAUGAAGGCAGAAGAGGCAUUAGAGUUGAUGUCUCCUGGAGAGAACACCAACAUUCUCAAGGAAAUGUUGGCGUGUGGAUAUAAGCCUAAUGCUGAACCAUUUCUCUCAAUGAUGCUGCAAGUUUUUCGUGCAACAAAGUUGUUGGAAUUGCGUACUAAAACGAGRRUAUUUGUUCCUAGGGGAAGAKCAAUGAUGGGAUGCCUGGAUGAAACCCGAACACUUGAAUAUGGGGAAGUAUUUGURCAAUUUUCUGGUUCAAGAAGAAGGGUUCUGGGUGAUGAUUUCAGUGGAGGCAGCUCAAACAGUUGCAGAAUUGUUACUGGGAAAGUCGUGGUUGCUAAAAACCCAUGUUUGCAUCCUGGUGAUGUACGAGUCUUGACGGCUGUUGACGUUCCACGAUUGCGCCAUAUGGUGGAUUGUGUUGUUUUUCCACAGAAAGGACACAGGCCUCAUCCAAAUGAAUGCUCAGGAAGUGAUUUGGAUGGAGAUAUUUACUUUGUCUGUUGGGACCCUGAUCUAAUUCCGCCUAGGCAAAUCGAACCAAUGGAUUAUACUCCAGCACCGAGUAUGGAACUGGAUCACGAUGUUACUAUUGAGGAAGUCGAAGAGUAUUUCACGAACUAUAUAGUCAAUGACAGCUUAGGAAUCAUUGCGAAUGCCCACACAGUCUUUGCAGACAGGGAACCCACGAAAGCAAUGGCCGAACCUUGUGUAGAGCUUGCAAAGCUGUUCUCAAUUGCUGUGGAUUUCCCAAAGACCGGGGUUCCCGCGGUGAUACCGGCAAAUCUCCGGGUGAAGGAGUAUCCGGAUUUCAUGGAAAAGCCCAAUAAAACCACGUAUGAAUCACAAAAUGUGAUCGGGAAGCUCUUCCGGGGAGUGAAAGACAUCUCUCCACAAGAUAGUCCCGUCAGUCCGUUUACGAGGGUCGUGGCAUUUCAAACAUAUGAUGCUGAAAUGGAAGUACACGGCUUUGAAGAAUACGUCGAUGAAGCAUUUGAUUUCAAAACCGAAUAUGAUUACAAGUUGGGUAAUCUGAUGGAUUACUACGGCAUCAAGACCGAAGCCGAACUACUCAGUGGGAGUAUCAUGAAAAUGUCGAGAUCUUUCGACAGGCGGAACGAUGCUGAAGUGGUCGGUUUAGCCGUGAAGUCCUUGAGGAAGGAAGCUAGGAAAUGGUUUAGGAGUGGAAGAGGAGAAUCAGAUGCUGAACAUGACGAUGUUUAUGCAAAAGCAUCGGCUUGGUAUCAUGUCACGUAUCAUCCUGAUUACUGGGGUCGAUACAAUGAGGAUAUGACACGAGAUCAUUUCCUGAGUUUCCCGUGGUGCGUUCACGACAAACUCAUCGAAAUCAAGAAACGCAGAUCAAAAAUCAGACGGUAUUCCAAUAUUGGUUCGCUUCAACAGCAGUUCAUCAAUAAACUAUUUUUGAAAGGCAAAAAGGAAGGAAAAGGAAGAGAGCUUCGGCAUGGCCAUCACCCUCACCAAGCCAGUUCCUCAAUAAACUGACUCUUCUGUGAGUACGGUUCUUCGAGUUCUAUGAAACUCGAUCCAUGUGGUGUACUGUCGUUUUAAGUUCUAUGUAACAAGCUACGUUUCGGCUUGGUUAAUCUAUCUGUACAUAAUCACGCUAGUUUGGUAUUGUUUCUUUCCGGAUUGUGUUUGCUUUAAGUUAGGGUUUAAUGUGAAAAUUGUGAUUGCUGAUUACUGUUUAUAAUCUAUUGGAUUUGGUCUAAA